AGAACUCAACUAUCUUCCUCAAUGAAAAGAAGACAAGGCCUUUAUAUGAAUUACUUUUAGUGACGAACUGGCAAUGCAAAGAUCUUAUUGAACAAACUAAAGUCGAUCGUCGGCAAAUUAUUUUGAUAAUUGAUGAAGCCCAUCGAAAUAAAAGCACUAAACUUGCCAAAAAUAUUAUUGACUUGAUUGACCCAAAAAUAAUUCUGCAUGUUACUGCCACACCAGACGAGAGGGAUGAACUUGAAGCCCGCCGUUCUGGAAAUUAUUAUGAAGUUCCAAGAGCAGAAGUUAUUGAACAAGGUCUAAUAAAAGAGGCAGUGGGAUAUCUGAACAUAGGAUUGCUAAGUGAUUUGACAAAAACCCUCGGCCGCCUGGCUUGGAAGACAAUGAGGAUGAACAUGACUUUUUACUUUUUAAAUAUGCAGCAGGCACUGGCUGAGACUGUCCUCCCACAACUUAAAGAAGAUUAUAAAAAUAAUCCAAACCUUCGCUUAGGCUAUCUGUAUACUAAUUAUAGACGUGAUAAAGUGAGAAUACCUGACGAAAGUCUAA